AAUGCCUGUGUUGUGCCACAGAGAAAGCGGCACUUGAUCGGAUACAUAGUCGGUGCAGCCCGGCGGUGGUUUCUGAUGUAAUCCAGAUUAAAUGACACCGGGUCAAGCAGUGUUUGAAUGAGUCUAAACUUUGAACACUUUUUAGGCUGUUAAAUCUCCCCCACCCCUCCUUCCUCCUUUCUCCAGAGAAAGUGUGAGAGUUUGUUUCAGCCGCAGAUGACAGUGGUCCAAACAUCAUGAUUCAACGGGCUGGUAAAGAGUUUCUGGUCCGCAUACGGUUCUUCUGGAAGCCGAUGUUUCAGGGUCGGUACCUGCUGCUCACCAACACCGUGAGCAGUGGAGGCAUGCUGGCGCUGGGAGACACCCUGCAGCAGUCCUGGGAGAUUCACAAGAGCCCAGGCCGGGUCCGGGACUGGGGCAGGACAGGCCGCAUGUUUAUGAUUGGCUGCACCAUGGGACCAGUGUUGCACUACUGGUACCACUGGCUGGACCUAGCAGUGAAGGGAAACUCGAUGAGCUCUGUAAUCAAGAAGGUUCUGGCGGACCAGGCGGUCGCGUCACCUCUAUUUGGGGCGUGGUAUUUUGUAGGUAUGGGGACCAUGGAGGGACACGGUUUAUCCCACGGAUUGCAGGAAUUCAGAAACAAGUUCUGGGAAUUUCUGAUUGCUGACUGGUGCGUUUGGCCGGCAGCUCAGAUGAUCAACUUCUACUUCCUUGCGCCCAAAUACCGCGUUAUUUACAUCAACACCAUCACAUUAGGGUGGGAUACCUACCUCUCUUACCUCAAACACAGAGAUGCAAACCAGCCCUCUGAGCAGGUGUCCGACAGCAGUAAAGUGGAGGCACAGCAGGAAAAGCUGCCACAAUCUGGAGGAAAAAGCAUAGAAACAUAAUUCAGACCGGAUUGUGAAGACGUUUAUCAGAGGCAAACAAUAUUUUUGCUGUCUUUUGCCUUUUUGACAAACUGCUGCUCUCCCAAGUUUAAACCUGCACUCCAUUUUUCUGUUCAAACUCAGAGGAGUUGUGGAUGUCUAAGUUGAAGUGCUGGGACACUUUUCCCUUCAUGUCUGUAACAUGUCUCCUGUUGCGUUUGUCUGUUUAUUUAUGCCUGAAGGAUGUUUAUUCCUGUAGGAGGCGCAUUCAGGGAUGAAAAGCUGUUUCACUGCCUGUCAUGCUGAUAACUGAAUGUGAUUGUUGGUUUGAAUCCCGCCAAGGCAUUA